UUAAGCUGGCAAUCAGGAAAAUGAUUGCUCCGUGAAAGGAGGCAUUUAGAUAAGAUCUAGGGUAUACAUCUCUAAAGAAGGCAUCUUUCUAUCAAAAUUUAGUAAGAAUUAAUUCUAGGUAAUAUAAUUAACCCAUCUGGGUGGAGUGUAACCGACUUGAAGAAACUGCCUUUUGGACCCUGUCUGAACAAUGGAGACAGCGCUACCAAAAACGCCAUGGAAAAGGCAAGUUCUUUUUCUUGCUGUUCUGUUGCUUGUGUGGGAGGUUGGCUGUGAGGCAAUUCGGUAUUCCCUGCCAGAAGAAACAGAAAGUGGCUACUUGUUGGCCAACCUGGCAAAAGAUCUGGGGCUGAGGGUGGGGGAACUGGCCACUCGAGGUGCGCGAAUGCAUUUCAAAGGAAACAAACAGCUCUUGCAGCUCGAUGUAAAGACCGGAGAUUUGCUGGUUUAUGAAAAACUAGACCGCGAGGUGCUGUGCGGGGGGACAGAUCCCUGUAUAUUGCAUUUCCAACUGUUACUAGAAAACCCCGUGCAUAUUUUUCAAACUGAUCUGCAACUCACAGAUAUCAACGACCAUUCCCCAGAGUUCCCAGACAGGGAAAUGCUCCUGAGAAUCCCAGAGAACGCCCAGCCAGGGACUGUGUUUCCACUGAAAGCAGCUCAGGACUUUGACAUAGGUCGCAACACCAUACAGAACUACACCAUCAACCCCAAUGCCAAUUUUCAUGUAGUUACACGCCACCGCGGAGGUGAGAGGAGAUAUCCAGAGCUGGUUCUGGACAAGGCACUGGACAGGGAGGAGCAGCCUGAGCUCAGAUUAACCCUCACCGCGCUGGAUGGUGGGGCUCCACCCAGGUCUGGGACCAUGACAGUGUGCAUUGAAGUUGUGGACAUUAAUGAUAAUGCUCCCCAGUUUGCUCAAUCACUCUAUGAGGUACAGGUUCCUGAGGACAGCCCGCUCAAUUCCUUAGUUGUCACUGUCUCUGCCCAAGAUUUGGAUUCUGGAACCCAUGGAAAGAUAACCUAUGCUCUAUUUCAUGAUGAUGACUUAUUUGAAACAUUUGUAAUAGACGAAAGCACAGGAGAAAUUCAUCUGAAAAGGGCUUUGGAUUUCGAGGCAAGUCGAUACUUCAACAUGGAAAUUAUAGCCUCAGAUAGUGAUGGCUUUUCAGGAAAAUGCACUGUCGCUGUCGAGGUGGUGGACAUGAAUGACAACGCCCCAGAGCUAACAUUGUCGAAGCUCACAAGCUCCAUCCCAGAAAACUCCCCAGAGACUGUAGUUGCUGUUUUCAGUGUUUUUGACCCAGACUCCGGAGACAAUGGCAGGAUGGUGUGCUCAAUUCAGAACGAUCUCCCCUUCUUUUUAAAGCCCACGUUCAAGAACUUUUACACGUUAGUGACAGAGGGACCACUGGACAGAGAGAGCAGAGACGAGUACAACAUCACCAUCACCGUCUCAGACAUGGGCACACCCAGGCUGAAAACGGAGCACAACAUAACAGUGCAGGUGUCCGACGUGAACGACAACGCCCCAGCCUUCAGCCAAACCUCCUACACCCUGUUGGUCCCAGAGAACAACAGCCCCGGCCUGCACAUAGGCACAGUGAGCGCCACAGACACAGACUCAGGCACCAAUGCCCAGAUCACCUACUCGCUGCUGCCGCCCCAGGAAGGCGACCAAGACCCGCAGCUGGCCCUCGCCUCGCUGCUGUCCAUCCACGCGGACAGCGGGCAGCUGUUCGCCCUGCGCGCGCUGGACUACGAGGCGCUGCGGGCCUUCGAGUUCCGCGUGGGCGCCGCCGACCGAGGCUCGCCCGCGCUCAGCAGCCAGGCGCUGGUGCGCGUGCUGGUGCUGGACGCCAACGACCACGCGCCCUUCGUGCUCUACCCGCCGCACAACGCGUCGACGCCCUGCACCGAGCUGCUGCCCAGGGCGGCUGAGCCCGGCUACCUGCUCACCAAGGUGGUGGCGGUGGACGGCGACUCGGGCCGCAACGCCUGGCUGUCCUUCCAGCUGCUGCAGGCCAGCGAGCCCGGGCUGUUCAGCGUGUGGGCGCACAAUGGCGAGGUGCGCACCGCCAGGCUGCUGAGCGAGCGCGACGCGCCCAGGCACAGGCUGCUCGUGCUGGUCCAGGACAAUGGCGAGCCGCCGCUGUCGGCCAGCGUCACGUUGCACGUGCUGCUGGUGGACGGCUUCUCGCAGCCCUACCUGCCCGUGGCCGAGGGCGCGCGCGACCCGGCGCCGCCCGACGCGCUCACUGUCUACCUGGUCAUCGCCCUGGCGUCGGUGUCUUCGCUCUUCCUCUUCUCUGUGCUCGUGUUGGUGGCGGUCAGGCUGUGCAGGAGGAGCGGGGCGUCCUCGCUGGGCGGCUGCUCUCUGCCUGAGGGCCACUUUCCUGGACACCUGGUGGACGUCAGCGGGGCGGGGACGCUGUCCCACACCUACCAGUAUGAGGUGUGUCUGACUGGAGAAUCCGCAAACAAGGAGUUCAAGUUUCUGAAUCCCAUUAUCCCUCCCAAUGUGAUUCAAGACACGCAGCAAUAUUUCACUUGAAGUGGGAAGUUAAGGUUCAAUAACAGAAGAAUUAGAAUUAGAAUUUGGGUACAAGUAUCUCCCUGUUAAAUCAGUUAUAUUUUCUUGAGGUAAUUCAUUUAUGUAUUUAUUUUACUUUCUUUUUGUUUACUAGUGGUGAAAUAUAUUCCUUUCUUCGUCUGCUUCCUAUUUAACCAAUACCAACUUAUUGCAUCUUUUUCUUUCACUUGGUAUGGAAGCAUAAACAAAUUUGUUGUGUUUUAGGGUGAUUUCAAAUAGGGUUAAGAACUCAUUUCAUAUUUAGUAUUUUAUCAUCAUUGUCGAUUUUCCACCCACUAAUUUCAUAGCUUAUCUUGUUGAGUGUAUUUAUAUAAUUUGAUUUAUAUUAUUCAAUACAUUUUAUCACAGUUUAUUAAUUGUGCAUAGUGGUAGGGUUUAUUUUGAACAUUUUUCAUACAUGCAUAUAACAUACUUUGGGAAUAUUCACCCCUGAUUACCCUCUAGAAUCCUCUCAGUUGUGUCUCAUCCACUUCAACCUCAGUAAUAGCCCAAUAUAUUUUUACGUUUCUAUCUCUCUCAUGUGAGAGAAAAAAUUUACUGCUUGUCUUUUUAAGUGUGGUUAUUUAGUUUGCCAAGAGGUUGCCAACAAUUUCCUACAAGUUUCAUGAUUUCAUUCUCUUAUGCAGAAUAAAACACCAUUGUGCAUAGUUACUGUAUUUUCUUCAUCGACUCAUAAGUGCCUUGUGCAUAGAUAAUGAAGUGCAAGGACCAAUGAAAUAUUCUUUCUUUAAGACUAUAUGGCAUGUCGGUGUUUUAGGUGACUAGGACCACAACAAAAGUAACACCUCUAAUUCAUUCUUUUUAUUGAUUAUUGCAAUGAAAAUUUGAGAUUAUGUCUUUGUUCUAGCAAAAUGGGCAAAAAUAUACCCAAAUACAGCAAGUUACUUUUAGAUGAUUAUUUUUAGGGUCACUCAAAUCAUAUUCAUGACUCCUGAAGAAAAAAUAAAAUAAA